GUAAUGACGGUAAGGACUUUAGUAAUGAGUUAAAAAUAGAUAUUCGUGGCCUUCAGCCUAUGUUGACUGCUCCCCCAGGACUGGAGUAUCGUAGUCCAGCUUCACCGAGAUCUGAGCACGCAGAACAAUAUUUCAGUUCCACGAUGGCAGGUCUUACAUCGCCACCUUUAACUAGUGUAAAUCCUAAUCAAAACAUUUUUGCAAGUGACAUAACAGGGAAUGUUGCUGGUGGACAAACAAUUACAGAUUUAACUAACUCACUGAACAAUAUGAGUAUAACUAAUGGUAGUAGCAUAGAAAUGCGUAAAGAGACUUCUCCUGAUAUUUCUAACGUUCAGGUAUCGGGACAAUCGACAUCUAAUAAACAACAAACAAAAUCCUGGGCUACUAUUGCCAAAACCCCCAAACCACCACCAGUAAAUACUUCUCAAGAAGUGUUAGGUGGGGCUUAUAGUACUGUUAUCUCACCUUCUUCAGCUGUUUCACCUACAUCAACGUAUGCAUCUAGACCAUUAUCUGCUCCUACUGGGCUGUGGCGCGAUAAAAGUAAAAUUAUUGGAACACCUACAAGUAAUGGCAUUGGAAGCACCUAUACUUCAAGUUCCAUGGUACCGCCGCUCUCUAUUCCACCAGUUCCAAAUACGAGUAAGAAAGAUAUGUCACAAUGGAUUGCGGCGAGAGGAUAUAACCCAAAGACUUUUAACUGCAAGCCACUGAAC